AUGACUUCAUUUUCUACCUCUUCAACGCCAUCCACCCUCCACCAGAACCUGAGGAUGAACUCCUCUGAGCAGCCCAGUCCCUGGCCGAACAACAGCACCUGGCCACCCGUUAAAUCUUCAAGUUUGGGGAUGUCCUGCUUCACUAUGAUAUUUGGCGCCAUCUCCAACCUUACGGCUCUGGGCAUCCUGGCUAAGUCCCGUGUGCGAUUCCGCCGCCAAUCCAAAGCACCAUUUCUGCUACUGACGGUGGCUUUGCUUUUGGCUGACCUUGCGGGUCAUGUGAUCCCAGGCGCAUUUGCUUUGUACCUGCACAUAGAUCAGAGGUAUAGAAUACAGGCUGAGAAGCCCACCAAAGAAUUCUGUCAGAUCUUUGGGGCAAGUAUGGUGUUUUUUGGCUUAUGCUCUUUGCUGCUGGGUUGUGCCAUGGCAGUGGAGCGCUGUGUGGCCAUCACUAAGCCCUUUUUCCACGCUGCCAUGGUCACAUUGGGUCACGUGUGGCGAGUUGUGUUACUUCUGUCCUCUCUUGCACUCGUGCUGGCAGUUCUACCUUUAUUUGAUGUGGGCACUUACACUACCCAGUCUCCUGGGACAUGGUGUUUCUUGCCUAUCCAUGAUCCACAGUCUACAGCGGACACCAAUCUGGCUCUGGCCUUCUCCUGCCUGGGCCUCACUGCACUCACGUUUUCCCUACUCUGCAACAUCCUGAGUGGUCUGGCAUUGCUGCAGGCCAGGUUGAAGUCCCACAGUGUUAAUGCAAAAUCAUCAGCUCGCAGCACUCGUCGUACAUCUUCCACGUCUUCCUCUUUGUUUUGUUCGUUGGAUGUGGAGAUGAUGGCACAACUGGCAGUGAUCACUGUGGUUUCCUGUGUAUGCUGGAGCCCCUUUCUUAUCCACAUUCUUGUGAUGCAGUUCAACGAAAGAACCUCAACCCAUGAGAAAGAUGGGUUCAUUCUCCUGAGCUUACGCAUGGCCUCCUGGAAUCAGAUCUUGGACCCUUGGGUUUACAUCUUACUGAGGAAGGCAGUGCUUUUCCGACUUUGUUACUUUGUUGUGCCUUCUACGCACAGAGACCCACAGUGAGAGAAAAUAGGUCCUGUGCAGAAAC